UCGACCUUUUUUUUCACUCUGCCCAGAAUAAUUUUGAUAUAACUAGCAGGCGUUGCAAUUUCGGAAUCUGUCCUAGUAUGAUGGCGGACGAAAAUUUCCACUGGAGAAACCGCAACGCAUAGCCUACUCUGAAUACGGAAAAAAAUGAAAAAAUAAAACUAAUAAACAGAGCCCGGACGGACUGUAGCCUACACCUUCGUCAAAACAAUCAUACAACCGGGCUCAUUCCGGAAGAUGUCAAGGUUGCAAGCUCGGAAAUAAAGCUGUUUUAAUUUUGAUCAUUUGAGAAUGAAUACCGGUAACUCAUUUUAUUUCAAAGCGUUAUUUGUACAGUCACCUCUUGUGGAUGAGGAGGAUUUUGGAGCUCGAACAAGCCUACACGCAUGAGCUGCAUCAUUUUGGGAGCCCUAGGAACGCUGGCCCUGAGUAGUAGGAGUCAUGAGUGCUCAGGAGGUGCCUACCAAUCCUGCGCAGGAGCAGGUUGACACGGGGGAUGGAGUCCCAGAUGGCCCCACCGCUACCCCGACGACCGCCACCCUCGCUGUCCCGGUCACAAUAAAGAAGGAGCCUGGCACGCAGGGGGCCAGUAACGGGAAAGAUGUGCCUGCCGAGAUCUGCGUGGUCCUCGGUGGAGGAGGAAAGUCUCGCAAUGACCAGACCCAGGGCUCCUAUGUUUGUGGGAUAUGUGGGAAGAAAUACAAGUACUACAACUGCUUUCAGACGCACGUCCGUGCCCACAGAGAGUCCGACAGCAUGCCAGGGGAGGGUGCACCACCAGCUCCCAACAAUAGCUUCCGCUACUCUUGUGACAUCUGCGGGAAGAAAUACAAGUACUACAGCUGCUUCCAGGAGCAUCGUGACCUGCAUGCUGUUGACGACCCAUAUGAGCAGGUGGUUCUAGGACCCGUGGAAGACCUCAAGGAGGAGCCGCCAGUGGAACCAUUCCAGAAAAUGGGUCCAAAAACUGGGAGCUAUGUGUGUGAGUUCUGUGGGAAGCAGUACAAGUACUUCAACCCAUACCAGGAACAUGUGGCUCUUCACCAACCAACGAAUUGGUCCUUCGAUAAUAUGAAGUCGCCUCGGUCACGUGGAAGUGUGGGUGGAAACAUGGACGUCAGCAAGUACAGUGCCACUAAAUUAGAAACCGACAGUCCCUUCAGUCGGAAAAUAGAGAGCAAAACCCAGUCCAGCUUGGUGGACACCAACAGUUCCCAGAACUCAAGCGGUACUCCAAGCCCCCUGGUGACCGGUUCGUUCCCUGCGUCACAGAAACCCUACACAUGUGGCGCCUGUGGCAUCCCGUUCCAGUUCUACAACAACCUGCUGGAGCACAUGCAGUCCCACGCUGCGGAUAAUGAAAAGCAUACCAAAGGGGAGUCUCCAAAGACAUCACCGGGCCCAGCCUCACAGGACCAGUUAUGGAGGUCCCCCCAGACCCAGCAUCAGGCCCAAGCUCAAAUAGUUCAAUUUCAGAUACAGGCUCAAUCCCAGGCUGCACAGAGAAACCACUCCAUCAACCAGAACAGUGGUGGGUUACCGGAGAAGGAAAGGCAACAGGUAGCCGAGCGUCUCCUGAGGGUGAUGUGUACAGACCUGGGCGUGCUCAACAUGCUCAACAGCAAGGACUUCCUGAAGCUAGCCCAGACCCUGGUGGACACGGGUGCCCGCCACGGUGCCUACUCCACCCGUGACGCCCUGGGCAACAUGAGCUCUCUGGCCCUACGCCAGCUUCCCCGCAUGUACAACCAGGUCAAGGUGAAGGUGACUUGCGCCCUAGGCUCCAACUCCUACCUGGGCAUUGCCGUCACCUGCCACUCCCAGACAGUUGGACCUGAUGCCUGCCUAGUGCUGACAGCCUACCAGGUGGAGGGGUCCAGGCUCAAGCGCUAUGUUUUAGGCGUCAAGGAGGCAGACCUGAGGGAGGGGCCAGAGCAGGUGCACCAGUGGACACAGAACGUGCUGUCGGAGUUCGUCAUGUCAGACAUCCGCACGGUGUACGUGACUGAGCCGCGGGUGGGGGUGGGGGGCUUGCCGCUGGGUGGAGGCGGGCGGAGGAGGGUUUGCCUGCGGUGCGCCGGGUGCUCGUUGGGUGCUGUGGUUCAAGCGGUGCUGGGGAAGCACAGCUUGCAGACAAGGGGGCUCCACGAGCUGGCUGAGCUGUUGGCUGCCUGCCACGACAUUGCCGCCUCCACCAGCCUCUUGUCCACCAGCGCCGCCACGGAUGAGGGCAUGUCUAACCCCUCCACUCCCCCUGGGCUCAGCCCCACUCCUCCCUGCUGGGACCACAUGGCUGAGGCUCUCCUUCAGGUGCACUCCCACUUUGAGCAGAUCUUCGAGGCUUAUGGGAGGAGCAAGGCCACYGCUUCCACACUGCAGGGCCUCAACAAGCACCUUCUAGGGACGCUGACCUGCCUGCUGGCCCCUCUGCGCCUGGCCGCCCUGGAACUCAGCAGCCAGAGGAGGCCAACCCUGCAACAGGUCCUACCUGUCUACCUGCGCUUGGAGAAACUGUUCACCUCCAAGGCUGGGGAGGUGGGGACCUCCAGCAAGCUCUGCCAUUACUUUCUGGAAGCUCUUAAGGAGAACUUCAAGGUGGAGAAAGCCCACCAGGUAGCCAUGGUGCUGGACCCCCAGCUGAAGCUGCGUCCUGUCCCAGCCUACCAGCAAGAGGAGAUCAUCGCCCACGCCUGCGAGAUGGCCACAGAUGCCCGCGACGGUGGGGGGUCCGGAGGUGAGGACGUGGAUGGACCCUCAACACUCAAACGGCUCCGCUUGGACGUCCCCAGGGGUGGGGUGAAUGCCAGAGGGGUAGUAGCCGUGUCGUCUGAGGCGUCGUCAGAUGAAAGCCAGACCCAGGUGAGACAGGAGGUGUUCCAGUAUCUGGCUGAACCGCUCCUCCAGGGUACCAACCCAGACCUCUUCCACUACUGGAGCACCACGGUGGGCGACCGCUACCCCAGACUGGCACGCCUGGCACUGUGGCUGCUGGCCGUGCCCGCUGUGGGCGUCCGCAGCGAGUGUGUGAGCGUCUGCGAACAGAGCUUGGCCAUGAAGAGGAGGCAGCAGGUCACCGCCGAGGAGAUGAACAAACUCAUCUUCCUGCGCUCCAACAUGGCCUGAAUGUUACGGUCCGACCAAUAAGGCUGACCGAACCACGACCAUAGCUCGACUGUCCUAGACCGACCCACCAAUGACUACACAGACUAUCUACAGCGGGAUAGCGGAACCCAUAGUGCGAUCUUCUCAAAAUGCUGAUCAAACUGUGGUUAGUGCCAAAUGCAACAAAGAAAAAAUGUAUUAUCAGGGGUUGAAUGGCUUUUAAAAUUGAUAGGAUAAAUGACAAGGAUAGACAAGGGGUGUUGCAUCUGGUGCUAGCUAGUAACCGCUGUUAUUCUUUGGCCCUUAAAGAUCUCGCUUUCACUGAAUCACUUCUGACCCUAUGUGUCAAAGUCAAUUUCAUGCCUUUACAAUGUUAUCAAACUGCCGUCUUUUUACAAUUUCUUCAAUGGCUUGUAGUUGUCUGGCUUUAGUAGCCAUUUGAAGGACUAAAGGAGGAAGAUUGGCCUUCGGUGGUUGUGUAUGGCCUGGCAUCAGAUCCGUUCUGGACAAUGGUGCCAUUGGAGUGCACUCUGUUACUGAGUGACUAUACUGAAUGACUUGAUGGUUGGGGUGGGUGUGAUUAGGAACUCGGCGGCCUGAUUGCUAUAUAUAUAUUAGUAAUAAUAAAUUCAAUAUAAAGAGGAAAAGAGAACUUAAAUGAAGUGGGCCUCCAACCCCACGCAGCCAACAUGUUUCCAUCCAACCCCCCACACCUGGAAACCAUGUUUCCCCACCCCCCUAGAAACUAGGUUUGCUCGUCAGUCAGCACUCCCCCCCUCCAGGUGACCAGAGGUGUCGAAAGCAUUCCACAGGGAUGCUGGCCCAUGUUGACUCUAAUGCUUUCCACAGUUGUCAAGUUGGCUGGAUGUUCUCUGGAUGGUGGACCAUUCUUGAGACACACACAGGAAACUGUUGAGCGUGAAUACAACAGCGUUGCAGUUGUAGACAACCUCAAACCGUUUUUUUCUGGCACCUACUACCAUACCCCGUUCAAAGGCACUUCAAUAUUUUGUCUUGUCUCCCAUUCACUC